AUGCGAUUCAUCAUUUUGCUCUCCCUCCUUACGGCCCUCAUCGCCGCCUCCCCCAUCCGCUCUCCUCGAAGCCCCAAUACUGCACUCGCACCGAUCAACAAGCGCUUCGAAGCCAGUGUCCCCUGGAUCUGGCGCCCUAAGAAGGCGGACUUCGAGCAAUUUGAAGAUGAGGGCGACGAGACCGCCACCGAAUCCAAUGCCGACGCCAAUGCCGUAAUCAACAAGCGCAACAACGGCCCCUGGCACUGGCAGACCUCAAAGGAGAUCUCCGGCCAGUUCAAGGAUGGCGCUGCUGAUGUUGCUGCGGGUCAUGCCCUUGACAAGGCCCCUGGUGCUGCUGAAGGUGCGAAGGGUGGGCAGAAGUGA